AUGGGGCUGGGGGCUCCCGAAUACGGGGCUGGCCCCUGCCCAGCCCCACACUGUCCUGUGCUGCAGCUGGACUGGAGGCAGGUGCUGGUGCUGGGGCUGGACGGAGCAGGGAAGAGCAGCGUCCUGCACUACAUCUGCAGCAAGACAGCGAAGGACACCAUGGCGCCCACGCAGGGCUUCAGAUCUGCCCGGCUGUGCAUGGAGGGGCUGGAGGUGGAGCUGCUGGAGGUGGGUGGCAACCAGAACCUGCGCUCCUACUGGCCGCACUACCUGAGCCAGGCCCACGUGCUGGUGUUUGUGGUGGACUCGGUGGACAGGUCGCGCCUGGUUACAGCACGCGAGGAGCUGCACGCGCUGCUGGCCGAGGAGCCGCGGCUGCCCCUGGUUGUGCUGGCCAACAAGCAGGACAAGAGCGAUGCCCUGAGCACGGAGGAGCUGCACGAUGAACUGGCCCUGCACACACUCAGUGGCCAGCGGGACUUCUUCCUCCUGCCCACCAGUGCGACCUGGGCCAGCCUCAGCACUGCCACCAGCGUCCUGCAUGUCAAGAGCCUGCUGGUCACCCUGCUCUCCCAGCCCUGAGUCCUCAGGGUGCCCGCUCAGACUCCGACCCCAGAAGAGCUCC